AAAAACCCUAACAAGAGUAAUAAUACAAUAAUCAACCAAACAGCAAUCUACGACCUCUCCAAACAGCUGUGCUGGAAGUGCCUGGGAGACUCCAUGCAGUUCCUGUUCCAGCACAACCUGGUCCGGGCCUCCAAGUGGGAGGCCCCGUUGGUGUGGGACCCGCGCUUGGAGGACCACGCCAGGUGGUGGGCCGGGCAGAGGAGGGCGGACUGCCGCCUGGCGCACUCCUUCCCCGAGGGGAGGUUCGAGCUCGGGGAGAACAUUUUCUGGGGCAGCGGGCAGGGGUGGACCGCGGGCGACGCGGUCAGGGCCUGGGCAGCCGAGGAGGCGGACUACGACUACGCGACCAACGCGUGCGCGCAAGGCCGGGAAGAGAAUCCGAAGCAGAACGCCAUGGAAAAACCUCAGAUUCGAGCCAGUUCAUUCACCGGCUGCGUCUCUCCUCGACGCAACUAUCUCCCUCCUCCGUCAUCAUUCCUCUGUUCUAUCAUGGAGGAGUGUGCCUCGAAGUCUGCCAAUUCGAGAGAUCUCCAGGUUUAUAGCACUGGGGACGUCAACUCAAAAUUGAUCAAGCUCUAUGCUUCAAAGCAAGAUGGAAGCCAGUCUUACAUUGUCCAGCAGCUGGAGAAGCAUAUCAGUGGCUUCCUUUUAUUUCUUACUAGUUUUAUCAUCGAGGAGUGUGUCUUGAAGGCUGACAGUUUGAGAGAUCUUCAGGUUCCCAACACUGGAGGCGUCAGUGCAAAAUGGAUCAAGCUGUAUGCUUCAGCACAAGAUGGAAGCCACUCUUACACGUUGCAGCAGCUGGAGAAGCAUAUUGGUGACUUUCUUCUAUUUCUUACUAGUUUUUUCAUUGAGAAGUGUGUCUUGAAGUCUGCCUGUUUGAGAGAUAUUCAGGUUCCCAGCACUGGAUUCGUCAACACGAAGUGGAUUAAGCUCUAUGCUUCAGCGCAAGAUGGAACCCACUCUUACAUGUUCCAGCAGCUGAAGAAGCAUAUCAGUGACUUUCUUUUAUUUUUUACUAGAUUUGUCAUGGAGGAAUGUGUCUCGAAUUCUGCCUGUUUGAGAGAUCUUCAGGUUCCCAGCACUGGAGUCGCCAACACAAAGUUUGAUAAGCUCUAUGCUUCAGCACCAGAUGGAACCCGCCCUUACAUGUUCCAGCAGCUGGAGAAGCAUAUCAGUGACUUUCUUCUAUUUCUUACUAGUUUUAGUGUGGAGGAGCGUGUCUCGCAGUCUGCCUGUUUGAGAGAUCUUCAGGUUCCCAGCAGUGGAGUCGCCAACACGAAAUGGACCAUGAUCUGUGCCUCACCACAAGAUGGAAGCGACUCUUACAUGUUCCAGCAACCAAACACAUGUGGCUUUCCAAUUACUUUGCUGGCAGUAUAUGAACCACCCGAAGAAAUUGGAAACAUAAAUGUACGGGAGUUGAAUCAAAAUCGGCAGCAAAAUGACGACUAUGAAGAAUUUAAUGGAGACAACCCCAAGUUUAGGGUUUAUAAUGUCAGAAACUGGGUGGAGUGUUCUCGCAACCAGUCUUUGAGGGUCAUUGGAGCAAAUUUUGUAUGUAGACCCUCGGCUUGGUUAUGUAUACCUUGAUCUUAAAACUGGAGCAAAGAUUUAUCUUCCUCCCUACGAUGAUGUUGAGAUUGGCUCAGAUGUGAUGGGAACCUGGACCGGGACUCCAGGUUCUACUGGUCACUGCAUCACCUUGAUCUUAGAUCAAUUUUCUAUCAACAAUCAUUUCAUUAGGGCACGCCAACAUACCGAAACAAAUGGGUGGAUUUGUG